AUGGGAAAAGAAUUCCGUGGACAGUCAAGAAAGCAAACUGUUGGAUCAUCGAACAAAUCAAAGCGAAGUGCUCAUUCGCUGAAAAGGCUAAAAUUAUCUUUUUUGGAUAUAUUAUGCGAAGACCUCUGGAAAAAGAGUAAGAAUACGUCUAAGAAUACGUAUACGGAAUGGUAUACGGAAAGAUUAAAAGAGCGUGCAAAAGAGCGACAACGUGCAUCAAAAUGGAUAGAUUCAGUUGAAGUCGAGCGUUUUUCUGAUGAUAUCUUAUAA